UUUCACAGGGAUGCAGUUAUUACACUGGCAUAUUAUAGCCAGAUAGAGGGUGUGAUGUGCGAUGGUAAACACAAAAGAAAGUAAUUCUUUAUUACUAUUACUAAACCCAUUGAUUCAGCCAAAACAUGUUUUUAUUCUUGGUUCACUGUUAUCAGCCAGGUCGCAAUGUACUGAGUGUCCUUCAACUCCCUUCCAAAUCAAUAGGUGGCGGUAAUGCGCAGUUAAUCUGUUUGCUAACAGUCUUAUUUAAACAGGCAAGAAGAACUAUAAAAUAAACCCGUAGAAAACCAAGAUUUUGUCAGUUCAUUAUCAGAGCUAACAAGUUAUGUAAGUAACCGGCAUGUAACACCAAAUUACUCGGGAUUGCGUUACAUAUGUCGGCUAACCAAAGCUAAGGUAUUUGAGGUUAUGCUGUCCGAGCCUCACGCUGUCCAUCAAACGUCAAAGCUAACAGCAGUGGCACACAGCUAAAGUGGCCAUGGCGUAUCGCCUUUUGGCUUCACCUGCCCUCCGUUUCAUAACUGAAUCUAACGCCAACAUAGAAAUCGCAGCCUUUUCGAGCAACGCAUUCAAUAGUUCCCUCGAUCCAACGUGUGUUCUCGAAACUAUGGGAGCUGAUAAAAGGUCCAGUCCGGGUGAACGUAGUGGGAGAUACGAUUCUGAUGAGAGGAGCGAUGAUCCAGAAUGGUAUGAAAGAGGACAAGGUGGAGGUGUGGAGAGGGACUGUGGUCACCGUUGGGAUGGUGAGAGACACCGAGAGCGCAGAGACAGUCCAGAGAGGGGCCGAAGACGGCGCAGCAGUGACAGAUCCGAAGAUGAAUCGGAUGGGGAUUGUCAAGACCAGCACCACAAAAGGGAGCAGGAGGAGGAGAGCAAGACUAUUAUGCUGCGGGGUCUCCCUUCUAAUGUCACAGAGGAGGAUAUCCGUUUAGCACUUGAGCAGCUGCAGGGACCCCAGCCUGUGGAAAUUCGCUUGAUGAGGAAAAGGAGAGGUAUAAGCCGAGGUUUCGCCUUCGUGGAGUUUUAUCGCUUGCAAGAUUCCACCCGAUGGAUGGAGACCAACCAGAACAAGCUGGUGAUCCAGGGGAAAAGCGUCGCGCUGCACUACAGCAACAGGAGACAGAACGUUGAAAACUGGCUUUGCAUUGCGUGUGGCGUGUAUAAUUUCCGGAAGAAACUGAAGUGUUUCAGGUGUGGAGCAACCAAAACUGACAGGGAGUCUAUGGGACCGAGUGGUUUAAAUGCUGAGACUCAGCAGCGAGGAGAUCACAACGGAGACACACUGAUUUUGAGAAACAUCGCCCCUCUGUCAACUGUGGAUGGAAUUUUGAACAUGUUGGCCUCCUAUGCCAACCUGUCAGCGGGGAACAUCCGCCUCAUCAAAGACAAGCAGACAGGACAGAACAGGGGCUUUGGCUUUGUUCAGCUCUCAACUCCAUUGGAGGCUUCUCAGCUGCUCACUGUUCUUCAGAGUCUUCAACCACCUCUAAAACUGGAUGGAAAGACAAUCGGUGUAGAUUAUGCCAAGAGCGCUAGGAAAGACUCAGCGCAGCCUGAUGGGUUCAGAGCCAGUGCUCUGUCUGUUGCCAGCACUGCCAUCGCGGCUGCUCAGUGGUCAUCCAGUCAGUCAGGUUCAGGUACCAGCUCUGAGUGUGUUGCUCUUCCAGAGGGCUAUGCACAGCAAACACAGGGACAGAAUUAUCAAGUAUGGCAGCAGCCUGACGGAUCGGCUUCUGUCAUCAGGGAUGGAUUACUGGGAGCUGCUCCAGACGUGAAGACAUUGAUGUCUGCAGCCACAGGUGUUGUCAUAUCCCAGGCAGCUCAGCUUUACCAGCCUGUCACUAUCAACCAGCCUGCCAUACAGUCACAUCAAGCAGUGAGGCCUGUUGCUGCAGCACAACAGACUCCUAGUGUCUGUGCUGCCUCUCUGGUAGCACCAGCUGCUUUGCCUGUCAGUGCUCCCCCGCCUGCUCACACAAUGGUUGCCCCUGACUCCUCCACAUACCAGUAUGAUGAGGCUUCAGGUUACUAUUGUGAUCCACAGACUGGCCUGUACUAUGAUCCCAGCAGCCAAUACUACUACAACUCCGAGACUCAGCGGUACUUCUACUGGGACAGUGAAAAGCAGACAUACGUCCCAGCUGAAUCAGACACAAGUGCAGAGCAAGCGUCCAAAGAGAUCAAAGACAAAAAAGAGAAGCCCAAAAGCAAGUCUGCUCAGCAGAUAGCAAAGGACAUGGCACGCUGGGCGAAAAGCUUCAAUAAGCAGAAAGAAAGUCUGAAGAGCAGUUUCCAAAACUCGGACCCAUCAAAGGGGGAGGACAGCAAAGAGUCUGCAGCUGCUGAUGCAGGUUUCUCUCUCUUUGAGAAAAAGCAAAUGGGAGGCUUUGACACGCCAUCCCACGUGAGCAGACAGUUCACGAUCACAGAGCGAGACACUUCACCCAAGAGUGCUGUGGUUGCUGGUCACAACGGAGACUGUGACGCAGAGGACUGCGGCUCAGAUAGAGCCGUGUAUGAAGAGGGGAAAAUAACAGACUGGAAGAAGAUGGUUUGCCUGCUGUGUCGACGGCAGUUCCCCAACAAAGAGGCUCUGCUGCGUCACCAGCAGCUCUCUGACCUCCACAAGCAAAACUUGGAAAUUCAGAGAAGAUCAAAACUCACAGAAGCUGAGCUGGAGGAGCUAGAGAGGAAAGAAACUGAGCUGAAAUAUAGAGACAGAGCUGCAGAGAGAAGGGAGAAGUAUGGUGUUCCUGAACCUCCUGCGCCUAAGAAGAAAUUCUAUCAACCACCAGACCCAACAGUGAACUAUGAACAGCCCACCAAAGAUGGCCUACCAAGUGAUAAUAUUGGGAGUAAAAUGUUGCAAGCAAUGGGCUGGCAGGAAGGCAAAGGUCUGGGGCGCCAUCAGCAGGGCAUCACCGCUCCCAUCUCAGCUUCAUUAAGGGCCAAGGGCACGGGCUUGGGUGUUAAGGGAAGCUCAUAUGGACUUUCAGCAUCUGACACCUACAAGGAUGCUGUUCGCAAGGCCAUGUUCUCACGCUUCACCGAGAUGGAGUGAAAUGGGGAGAGGAAAGUAAUCAGACAGAACUGGAAAAUAUUGAUUUUUUUUUUCUUUUUUUUUUUUUGGUGAUCAAACGAUCUUGAAAAGAAUCCACCUGCACAAACAGUUUCUAUCUUCUUUAUGUAUAUAAAAUGUAGUUUUGUUUUGUAUAUGUUGUCAUCCUCAGUGUUUUCGCAUCAGUGAACAUGUAAAUGUUGUAUAGUGUUUAUACAUAAAAGUAUAUGUGGACCUGCUGAGGUUUUGUUUCUGUGAAAAUCCAAAGAAUCAGUGUGAUGAUUAAACCCGACCUUUGAGCCCAA